AUGGACAGGAAGGACCCUGUGGAAUUUUCUUCUUACAUUCAUUUUGAAGCCACUGGUGACUCUGAAGUUGAUUGUGAUCCCAAAAUGGAUGGAUAUGCUUGUGAAAUAGCCAGAGUUGGUGGUGAUGAUGUUGAUGAUGAUGAUGCUCUAUCUUGCAGCUAUGAUGUAUCUGAUACUUGUAAUGCUGCUGAGCUCAAUGGUUAUGAGUCUUGUGGUGAUGAUGAUGAUGAUGAGAAGAAACAGGAUGAGGAGAAAGAUAAGGUUUAUGGAACAUCAUAUUGUGAAGAUGAUGAGAUGCAAGAAGAACACAAGGAAUCCUCAGUGUCAUUUGAUUCAGGUCAAGAGUUGGUGGAUGAGAUUGAAAAGAACAGGCUCUUCUGGCAAGCUUGUUUGGCAUCUUAG